UCGAUUGUGCGUUCCGAUGUUAUUGGUUCUCGUACCUCUCUCUACUUUCUCUCCACUAUUUGCUGUUGCCACCGGUUACUUCCUCCUUACGGUAACGUCCAGGUUCUAACUGUCUUCGUACACCAGAAAAAGCCAUCCUUUACCCAAGGGGAGCCCAAUCAAAGUUUGCCGUUUUCCUUUCCCCCCACAAAUUCAAUUGUCUUUCCUUUUUGUCGUUUGUGUUUUUUUUUCCUUCUUUCUGAUUUGACUUUUCUGGGUCACUCUAAAUUUCCUGCUCAACCCGCAUUACAUUGUUUUUGGGUUUUCCGGUUUUUGAUCUGGGUUAUCAGCGGAUCCUGAGUUUGUGAAGAUUUUGUGAUCCUUUUUGUAGUUUUUGAAUUCCCUUUGUGUUUAAAUUUCGUCGAUUUUGAACCUUUAGCGGGUAUGUGAGUGUGGGUACGAUUGAAUGAGAAGAAUACGAAGAAGAAGAAGAAGAAGAAGAAACAAAAAUGGAUAUAACGCAAGUUUCGAUAAUACAUCAUGUCGGAAUUGUGCUUCUUGUUCUGUGGCUUCUCGCUGAGGUCAAAUAUUGUCAUCCCGUGGUCUACUUCCUCUCUCUGAUUUAUCUCUACCUGGUUCAUGAGCGGUAUGUUAUGCGAUUGCGGAGGAAAUUGCAGUUUGAGGAAAGGAGGCAGGCUAAUCAGAGAAGGGUACUUUCUGAUUCUGAAACAGUCCGUUGGUUGAACCAUGCAGUGGAAAAGAUAUGGCCCAUAUGUAUGGAGCAGAUUGCUUCACAAAAGAUUCUCCUCCCCAUAAUACCUUGGUUCUUGGAGAAGUACAAACCAUGGACUGCUAAGAAAGCCAUAGUUCAACAUCUCUAUUUGGGACGAAACCCGCCUAUCUUUACUGAAAUGAGGGUUUUUCGUCAGUGUACUGAUGAUGAUCACUUGGUUCUUGAGUUGGGAAUGAAUUUUCUCACAGCUGAUGAUAUGAGUGCAAUACUUGCUGUGAAGCUGAGGAAAAGACUGGGAUUUGGGAUGUGGGCAAAGUUGCAUCUCACUGGCUUGCAUGUUGAAGGAAAGGUGUUGGUUGGGGUAAAGUUUCUUCGUGACUGGCCUUUCAUUGGCCGUUUGCGGUUAUGCUUUGUUGAACCUCCAUAUUUUCAGAUGACCAUCAAGCCUAUUUUCAGUCAUGGGCUUGAUGUUACAGAAGUUCCCGGAAUUGCUGGGUGGCUGGAUAAGCUACUUUCUGUUGCUUUUGAGCAGACACUUGUUGAGCCGAACAUGCUGGUUGUCGACAUGGAGAAAUUUGUUUCUGCUGACCAAGAAAAUUGGUUCUCCGUGGAUGAGAAGGAGCCAGUUGCUUAUGCCAAAAUAGAAGUUAUUGAAGCAUCUGAUAUGAAACCAUCUGAUUUAAAUGGCUUGGCUGAUCCCUACUUGAAAGGUCAAAUGGGCUCUUACAGAUUUAGGACUAAGAUACAAAAGAAAACGCUGUCACCAAAAUGGCAUGAGGAGUUUAAGAUCCCCAUCAUUACGUGGGAAUUGCCAAACAUAUUAGCUCUUGAAGUUCGUGACAAGGACCGAUUUGUUGAUGAUAUACUUGGGGACUGCUCUGUUAAUAUCAGCGAUCUUAGGGAUGGACAAAGACAUGAUAUGUGGUUGCCUCUUCAGAAUAUUAAAACUGGGAGGUUGCAUCUUGCAGUAACUAUACUCGAAGAGAAUGUAAAGGCGGAUGAUCAUCAGGGUGACUGGAAAUCAUUUCAUUCGGAAGAAAAAGGAAAUUCCUUCGCUACCGAGACUACUAACAAAGGCUCAUUCUCAUCUGCAUCAUCAGAGAAGUCUCAGAGGGUGGCAGAAUAUUUUGAGCCAAUUGAUAUUGAAGGGCAGAAAGAGACAGGUAUAUGGGUCCAUCAACCGGGAAGCGAUGUUUCACAAACUUGGGAGCCUAGAAAAGGGAAGUGUCGGCACCUUGAUACCAAAAUUCUUAAGGAGCCAAAUGAUAUUACUGGAAACUCUAUUUUAACACCAUCAAGAUCACAAAAUAAUGAUAGCAGCAGCUCUGAUGAAAACCCUGAUGAUAAACGUUCAAUGAGUUCAGUUCGGAGGGGUAUACGAAAGAUCGGUUCAGUAUUUCACAGGAGUCCCAAGGAUGGAAAAUCCAACAGCUUUACCGAGACCAUUCCAUCACCCCAUAUAAACAUAAAGGCAGUUGAUGUAAAGGAGAUUGGUGUCAAGUUUGUAGUGGAAGAAGACCUCGCCAGGCCUGCUUUGGAUAACAUUCCAAAAGAGGAAGAUUCAAGCUACGGGGAAAGUGGUCCAGAUAGUCCAUCAAAAGGAAAUAUGAAAGACCGGGCAAAAAGCUUGUUCAAGCAUGCCGAAAAAUCUGCUCAAACUUUAAAGCAUAUGCUUUCUCGGAAGGGCGGAAGAAGGUCUCAAGGUAAUUCCCCUGUGACAGAAAGAGAUAUUGCAGUGGAUUACGAUGAUUCUUCUGAUGAUGAAUCUCUUCCUUCUUCAAAAGUUGAAAGGAUACCAAGUAUACCGAUUCCUUCAGAGGGUAUAGUUCUUGGUUGUGGUAACGACUCAUCUAGUUCUCAGGAUCAUGUGGUUGAUCCUGUGGUUCAGGCAGGUGAAACUGAUACUGCUGUUGAUGCUAAGAGCCCAAAAAAUAAGGUUAGUCCUCGAGGCUUGGAAAUGUUGCAUGACAAGGAGGGUAGCCCUGUUAAUAAGAGUGAUGUUGAGUCCCCGAAGAUGAAGCUUGAUGAAGGAGGGGAUUUGGAAGGACCAACCAAUUAAAAAUUUCUUGUUACAAAAAGAAAAUAAAAAAAUAACUAGCUUGUGGUAUCCUUAUCAUGGAUGGAUUUUUACAACUUGUUUGAAGAUUCAAAAGUUCGGUCCAUGCCAUACGCUAUUAUUUGCUUGUAUAUAUACUCAAAUCGGUCCUUAGCUUUGCUUGUACAUCUACUUGAAUCGGUCCUUAGAUUUCAGGUUUGAUGGACAAUUUUUUUCGCAACUGUUUUUCAAAUCCACAUAAUACUCCAAUGUCAGGGUAUGAAUUUGAUGUUGGUGUAUUCUGUUUUUAUUCUGUGCAUAUUUUGGAACUUGGUAUAGUGUUGUACUUGUAUGCUUUCUUUGUGAAUAUUUUUUAUAGUUCAAA